CCCUCCCACUUUCUCUCUUUGCACUGCUUUCCUGCUUCUGCCCCACCCCCUUUCCUCUUGUGGGAGGGCUUUGUGACGCGGCAGGGCCCAGUGACAGACAGCCCAGCACAGCACAGCGCACUGCCCCAGCAGACAACCACAGGCCGGGGGGGAAACGGUAAGAAACACCCCUCCUCCUGUCAGACAGGCCGGGAACACGCAGCGCUUUUCCUGUUACACAACAGUCAGCCCUGGGUGCUGCACUCGUCCUAUGCUUCAGACACAGCCGAAUUACAUCUGUCGAGCCGGCCAAAGAAGGAUCCUUGGCCUCGAGAGACAGCACUAAUCUGGCCAGGAGCAGGGCACAUGAUAACGAUGGCGCUAGUCUCCCAAAGCAUGGCAGGCCUAAUGGACAGCACGCACAGCCAGUGUCUCCUCAGUUCCCUGAGCGAGCAGCGCACAAGAGGCUUGUUCUGUGACAUCACCAUCGUGGUGGAAGACGUGAAGUUCAAGGCCCACAGAAAUGUGUUGGCGGCCUCCAGCGGGUAUUUCCAGAAUGCUUUCGCUUCCACAAAGGCGCUUGGGCCAGCUACCCAAGUGUUUGAGUUGCUGGACCUUAAGUCUGAAGUGUUUGCCUCCAUUCUCAACUUCAUAUACAGUUCCACAGUGGCUCCUCUCGACAAUGAAGGCUUCCAGUCCUUGGUGGCAGCUGGUAAAAGGCUGGGCAUCCCCUUCCUGGAGAAGUUGCGGGUGCAAGAGAGCUCCAGUUCCACUGGUCCCACCCGGGCAACCAGUCCCAUGUGGACACAGCCACCCCCAGGUCCACAUAUGAUGAAACAGGAGGUACUGGAUUCUGGCAGUGGUCCAAGGAUCACUAAUGCCUUUUCCAUCACAGAGGGGGGAGCUGGCAGCAACCCGAUAUCUUCCCUCCAAAUAAAGAAUGAUGGGAAGAGGCAGUCUGGUCAUAGCACUGCCCGCUGCUUGAACAUGACCGUUCCCCAAAGUGGUUCCCUGCAGAUCCUGGUAGACCACUCAUAUGCACUAAGCCCAGUCCGCCGGCUGGCCCCGCACAGCCAACCCAGUGGUGUGAAGGAGGGUCAAAAGGCCAUGGAACUAUCCUCUCCGCCAGCCAGCCAACGCUGCAGUGUGCCCAUCUGUAGCCGCAACGUCGCAGAAAAAGCAACGGGCAUCUCGGUGCCAGCCUCAUCCUCGUCGGACUCCAACAGCCAGAGUAGUACUGCAGUUGUAACCCCUUCCCCCUUGUCCUCUCCAUCUUUCUCAAACUGCAAAGGCCAGAGCAACACAUGCUCUGAGCUUCCUCUGGUCAGGAAGAGAGUAAGCUCGAGUCCAGCAGCACAGUCUUCCAGCCCAAAUAGCCAGCUUCACCUCCACGUAGCCAACGGAGACCCUGCCCCCCGCACCCACCCACCGUUCUGCACAAGUAGGUUCAGGAGCCGCUUGUUCUGCAGGUUUUGCUAUCGGAAAUUCAUACACUUAAAGCGGCUGCGCAGCCACGAGCAGGUGUGCCAGCAAGCCCUGAAGUCUUUAGCCAAGGACAGUCUCGGCAGCAGCACGACGCUGACCGUGGAAAAGGAUGAGAUGCCUUCAGAGCCUUCUCGUCUCCAAAACCUUCUUGCACCUUUGACAGAUCUGAGAGCUCCCCGACCAGGACAAGCACAGAGGAGAACAUUUCCUUGCAGCGUGUGUAAACGCACCUAUGUGACCCUCUCCAGCCUGAAGAGGCAUGAGAACGUCCACUCCUGGCAUAGGAUGUACCCGUGCCACUACUGCAACAAAGUGUUUGCCCUGGCCGAGUACCGCAGCAAGCACGAGAUCUGGCACACGGGGGAGCGGCGCUACCAGUGCAUCUUCUGCUUGGAGACCUUCAUGACCUACUACAUCCUGAAGAACCAUCAGAAGACCUUCCAUGGGAUUGACUCCCAGAUGCUGCUGAACAGAAAGUCGCCCAACAGCAGCUUCAGUUCCGGUGCAUAUCCCAUCAAGCUCUACAGACUCCUGCCUAUGACGUUCAGGAAGAGGCGUAACACGUACAGCCGGACCGUGUUAGAAAUGGCUGAAUGCCGUGAUCAGACGUCACCUACCCACUCAAGCUCCGGCUUCUCUCCAGCUGCCUCGGAGGACAGCAGCUUGAUCAACAGCGGCAGCGUCGGUGUCGGACGGUCGUUGUUCUCCAUGCCGAUGACUUUCAUGGCCACUCCAAAGGUGGCUGCCCCAGUUCAACCAUUUUUUCCCAUAGUAGAAGGGAACUCGCAGACAGAUCUCAAAACCACAGAGAUCCAAAAGUCUCAUGCUGAAGGCCCCUCACAGUCUUCUGGGAUGGCUUGCACAGCAACAGGAAGCAACAGUAGCAGUGCUGGUGGUAGGGAUAGUUUACCAGACUGGUCAGAGGGAAACAGGUUAGGGCAACCUUCCACACACAAAGGCAAGGCUGUGACCUACAUUGCCAAACCCGCGUGUGCAGGUCCUGGGGUUGAUAGCAAGGUUCCCCCACUCUGCCAGAUCACAGUGAAAAUCGGAAGUGAGGCAAUUGUGCGUCGCAGAAUAAAAGGUUCUUCCUUGUUCCCCAGAAAGAAGAAGAGGGCCUGCAGAAGUCCUGUGGAGGAACAUCACAGAGAUCCCAGAAGGCAGACAGUAGGUAGGAUGAGUUCACGGCAGAGGACUAAUGCAACAUACAUCACAGAAACAGAAACAUACGAUGACCUGACUUAUCGCGACACACUAUGGCGCCCCUAUUAUUCCUACAAACCUAAAAAGAAGAUGAACAGCAUGAAGUCAGGAAAGAGGGCAAAAACCCAGCAUGGAGGCCUCAAGAAUCCAGAGGUAACUUCAGACCCCAUGUCUGUAGAAGAUCAAACAGAGAAGAGCACCAGCAUGAAGCAUAGCUUAUCGUCUUUGUGUGACCCAGCAGGGAGUACGGAAUGUGUCCAGCAGACAACAUUCAAAUGUGAGCGCUGCAAAAGCCCUUUCUCUCUUUGCUGUACGCACCAUGUCAGUAGGCCAGAGUGGAAUUCAGUGUCUACUUCUCCAUCCCUAAUGGAGUCGGCUAAAUGAAGAGUUACUCCCACAGGUACCUCCUGAGCUGAGAAAUAUGGCCCCUCAUCCAACAGGAAGACCUACCAGGAAAGGCCUCAUGUUUUAGCAUACGGAAGAAACAAAGUCUGACUAAAGGAUGCCGAUGUGUUUUCUAAGAUGUUUUUAUUUUUGUAUGCUUUUAUUAUCAAAGACAAAACAUGCAAUUGGUUAACAGUUGUACUUUUUUAUUAAUUCUUUUGCACAACAAUGGGUCAAUUUAAUAAUUGUUAUUUAACAAAAUCAUUAAUACCAUUAUGCCAGGUUUAUAUGGGUAAGAUAUAGUUAAUAGUGUAAUUGCAUGUUUGAUUCAGUCUAAUUUGAAGAAUGAAAGAAAACACAAUUUCUUAUGUUUACAUUCCAUAGCAAGUCAAAACCAAAUUCAAGAAAAUUAAAAGAACAGGGUAAAAUAUUAUUACAUAACUGUUUGUAGAUUUUGUUUUAAAUUUUUGAUUAUUUUAAUCUAUGGCAGGCCCGCCUACAGAUGUACGUAUUUAUACCGGUAAAUGUUUUAACGUUUAUGUUGAAGACAUUACGUUUCCAAAACAUGCAGAAGAGACCUACAUAAUAUAUAAUACCAAUUCGAGAGCUACUAAUAUAAUCCAGAAAUUUGUUAAAUUGAUAUUUGUUUUUAAUGCCGAAAAUAAAGUCGUUUAACCUGA